GAGAUCCGAUGUGACGUAUUUCCCUUUUCGCAUGCCUCUUGGAUUGAAUGUGGCUCAGAGGGAUCAUUUGAGGCACAUAUAAUCUUUUAUUCCAGCUUUAAGAUGUUUAAAAUCGAGGGUCUUGGGCCGAAGAUGGACCCGGAGGAGAUGAAGAAAAAAAUGCGCGAGGAUGUUAUGACGUCUGUUCGCAACUUUCUGAUUUAUGUUGCGCUUCUGCGAGUCACACCCUAUGUUUUGAAGAAGCUUGACAGCAUAUGAAACUUCACCAUGGACAGAAACAUUCCCUGUACAGAUGAGCAUGCAGAACCUCGACGAUGCUGCACAAAGUCACUUACAACGGCAGUUAAUGAAGAGAUGCUGUAACUUCAUGUCAUUUAUUAUUUUAUUUUUUUUACUGGUUGCAAUUGAAUGGAUGAGAACAGAUGAAGUAUAAUCACAUUUGAGAACUAUGGUAAACGAGAUGUCUACCAGAAUGUCAUGUCAUGGUCACAAAGGUCUAAGCAAUAAAUCUUGCAUCAGUUAAUCCCA